AUGAACCUCUCCGCCUUCCCCCACCUCGCCCCCACCGAAUUCACCACCGCCUGCAUCGCCCUGCACGCCUCCCUCCCCGCCUCCACCUGCACACUCACCCACCACCCCACCACCACCCUAACCUUCCACCGCCCACUCCCCGCCCACCCCUCUCGCCCCACCACCCCCACCACUCCCACCACCACCCCGUCCACCCCCACCUCCACCGGCUGCUUCGAGCCCCCCGACCCCGAAUCCCUCCCCCCCCACCACCACCACCCACCGCCGCCCCCGCCCCCACAAUCACCUACCAGCUGCAACACUCCCCCGCCUACAACGUCCCCAUCCUCUACUUCCAGCCACACACGCCCACGCCGCUCUCCCUCGCCGACAUCUACGACCGCAUCGUCCCCACGUCCUCCGCCGAGGCGCUGCGCCGCGUCGGCGUGCUCGGCGCGGUCUCGCAGGCGGAUAAUCCUGCUGCUGGGGGAGAGGUGUGGUGGUUUGUGCAUCCGUGUAGCACGGCGGAGGCGAUGGGGGAGCUGA